GCUUACCAAGCCGUACUCGACUUUUCUGAUAUGAGAUCAUGUCUAUAGCUAUCAAUCGUUCAUUUCUUUCACAUGGCCGCACCUUAAAUCCCCACAAAAUUCCACCCCAACCGCGACACUAUUCGACCAUACCUCCUAUACACCGGCAUUCUCGCUUCCGGCGAAUCUCCGACAUGUCUUCUGGCGACUCCUUCCGGCAACCGCUCACCCCUCAACCGCCGGAAAUAUUCCCCUUUGAGCUGAAAGAGGAUUCCGAUUUUGAUCAAAUCGUAUCUCCUGAUGGCCUUGUCUCCAUCUGCGGUUUCGGUUCUCUCCUCUCUGAAAGGAGCGCGAGGAGUACAUUUCCGCACUUGAUAAACUUCAGAAUGACGAUAUUGAGUGGGUUUCGGAGAGUUUUUGCUCACGUUGCUCCGGUUUUCUUCGAGCGUGGUGUAGCUAAACCUGAAACCAAGGAGAUAUCAAGCUUGAGUGUGGAGCCAUGUGAAGGUGAAACCCUUGUAGUUACUACUUUCGAGAUUCAGAGAUCAGAGAUACCUGCCUUUAUUGAAAGGGAGCAUGAGUUCCGGUUUUUAGCGGUGAUACCAGAAACAUUUAAUGGGUUGUUUUACACGACUCCAGCGGUAUUAUGCUCACGUUAUAGUGAUGAAGAGUAUUUCAAGAACAGAUGCAAAGGAAGCCAAGAGAUCUUCUUUCAGCGUUAUGGACGAUUAGGUAUAAACAAGAUUUGGGUAGACGAUAUCUUACCUUGUCGCGUUUAUCUCAGGCACUGUGUCUUGGCUGCAAAGAACCUUGGUGAUCUAGCCUAUGAUAACUUCCUGGAUCAUACUUUUCUUGGGGACCGUAAAACAACCAUUCGUGAGUACUUGGCUACAGCCGGUUCAAGCAUAAUGGAAGAGGAGCCUCCUGAAAUGCUAAAAUACCGAUAUGGUGGUUGACACUGACUAACUCUAUUAAUAAUUGGACAACUAUAGGUUGAAUGGACCAUGAAUGAGCAGAGAUUUCCGAAUAAUGUAUAACUAGAAUGACCUUAAACAGGCCAGGUAUGACUUGGAUCUGGUGAUUAGUACAUUGCAGUAGCCAAAAUCUGUUCUAAUAUCAGCCACAGAACUUUGCCGGGAUAAAACUGUGUAUCACAUCAGUUUAUUAAACCCUAAUAUUUACUGAAUAGGAGAUCAAUCAAUCAUUGAUUUUCCAGUAAUUCGUGAUCA